AUGGCAUCCAAUCUCGCCAGUCCCGUGGAGCAGAGCCUCCAGUCUGUGUGGGCUCAUGUCCUCAACUUACCAGAGGUCCCUCUCGACCAGUCGUUUCUUUCGGUAGGCGGAGAUUCCAUCUCCGCAAUGCAGGUUGUUGGGCAAUGCCGAAAGGAAGGCAUGAGCCUUGGCGUACAAGAAGUCUUGCGAAGCCGAUCCAUCGUUCAAUUGGCGUUGGCUGUCAAGGAGGUUGAAAGCUCGUCAUACGACCACCAGGAAUACUUCGACGAGGAGUUUGAUCUCUCUCCUAUUCAGUCUCUAUAUUUCAAACGACCCAACACCCAGGGCCACUUCAAUCAGUCGUUCUACCUCCGUGUGACGCGCAAGACCGAGGCUGGCGAAUUUCAUGCAGCAGUGGAGCAGCUCAUAUCUCGACACUCCAUGUUGCGGGCACGGUUUUCCUUUUCAGAAGAGAGUGGAUGGCAACAGCGUCUCACCAACGAUAUCGCUGGCUCGUAUCGCUUUCGUCAUUCUGCUGUGACAUCGCAGGCUGAGAUUGAUGCGCUAAUCGAGGAUUCUCAGCAAUGCUUCGACCAUGCUGUUGGACCCUUAUUUGCAGCUGAUUUCUUUGAUAUUGGCACUGAGCAGUAUGCUUUUCUUACUGGUCACCACCUGGUCGUUGACUUGGUCACUUGGAGACUUCUGUUGGAAGAGCUCGAGGAGAUUCUCAAGGGCAGUCAGCUUCUCACACCUGCGCUACCAUUUCAGAAAUGGGCAGAGUUGCAGCGUGAACACGCUGAGACUCUUGAGCUAGAUGAGGUCCUCCCUGUUGUUGACGUCCCUCCAAUGGACUUCACAUACUGGGGCAUUCAGCACCAAGAUAACACCUAUGGCAAUGCUAGUCAUGCAAGCUUUGAGCUUGAAAAAGAACUCAGCUCCGCUUUCCUGACCAGUUGUCAUACUGCCUACAAGACUGAGCCAGUUGAAGUCUUGCUUGCGUCUUUGAUACAGUCCUGGUCCAAUGUGUUCACUGACAGGCCUGUUCCUGCCAUCUUCAAUGAGGGGCACGGCCGGGAGCCGUGGGACUCAGACAUCGAUAUCACCCGCACUGUCGGAUGGUUCACAGCUUUAUCUCCAAUCCUUGUAGCACCAUCGGAUAACGCUACCGACACUGUUCGCAAGAUCAAGGACUUCAAGCGCCGGAUCCCUGGAAAUGGACGACCGUACUUUGCUCGGCGAUGUCUCACUGAGGAGGGACGCGAGAGCUUCAAGACACAUUGGCCAAUGGAGAUCCUGUUCAACUACCUCGGUCAAUAUCAGCAACUCGAGAGGACAGAUGCUCUACUUCAGCCAUUGGGCACAAUGGCCGGAGAGACUGGCAAAGCUGGUGGUACGUCCGACUUCGGCCACCAGACCUGUAGAUGGGGCCUUUUUGAGAUCUCCGCCUUUGCUUUCAAAGGCCAUCUCAAGGUCGCUUUCACAUUCAACCGGCACAUGCACCACCAGGCACUUAUUCAUAAAUGGAUAACCGAAUGCCAAAUAACCAUUUCCAAAAUGAUUCAGGAACUCACCAUUCUUGACCCGAAGCCAACAGUCAGCGAUUUUCCUCUGCUAUCACUCGAUGAGGCUAGCUUCUACUCGAUGCUUGAUAUAUUCUCAGCCAUGGGUAUCCGGGAUGUCGAUGUAGAAGACGUAUACCCCUGUUCAAGUAUGCAGGAAGGUCUCCUACUUUCACAGACCAAAGAUGCUGGUUUCUAUGCAGCUGCAACUCUCCAUGAGAUCAAAGCACCCACUGGGAAACUCUCAUGGCAGGAGGUUGCUGAUGCUUGGCAACAGGUGGUCAGACGUCAUCCAGCACUACGCACUGUCUUCAUUGAGAACUUGGGCGCAAAGGGUCUCUACAAUCAGGUCGUCCUCAAAGACAUUGUCGCUCAUAUUGUUCAUAUCGAGGCAUCUGAUGAGGCAGACGCCAUCAGAUUGAUCGAGCUGCAGCGAACUAUCGGCUACAACUCCGGGCAAUGCCCAAACCAUCGCUUUACCAUCUGUACCACAGGUGAUAAGCGGGUUUUCUGUUCUUUGGACAUCAGUCACGCGAUCAUGGACGGUCACUCGAUGAGCCUGUUGGCCAAUGAGCUCAAGUUAGCGUGCGAGAGCCGUCUUGCUAUCGAAGCUACUCCGUACAGCAAGUACAUCGCAUGGCUUAUCAGACAGCCACAGGAAGCUAGCAUUGAGUUCUGGAAGUCUUAUCUAGGUGGUAGUGAGGUCUGUUCUUUCCCAGUUCUUGACGACGGGCUGGGUCAUACCGUAGAAAAGGAACUCGUCACUAUCCGCAUGGACUUAGCCAGCAUCGGUCUUCCCGAUUUGCAAGCCUUCUGCAACACCAACGGCAUUACGCUCUCCAACGUUUUUCACACCGCCUGGGCACUGACUCUCGGCUGUUACGUUGGAAGCAAAGACGUCACCUUUGGAUACCUCACCUCGGCUCGCGACUCGGAAGAAGUUCGCGGCGUGGAAGAAAUUGUUGGCCCACUCAUCAAUACACUGGUAUGCCGUGUGGAUCUCUCGGAUGGCUCGCGCUGCCUCCUAGACGUUCUUCAGGAUGUACAGAGAGACUACAUGGAAGCCAUACCACAUCGCCACAUAGCGCUGGCUGAUGUUCAGCACGUUCUUGAGCUUUCUGGAGCAAGCCUUUUCAACACAGCGCUAUCAUACCGCCGUCUUUCUCAGGAGCAACCAGAUGUUGGAGAGGGCUUCCAGAUUUUGGAGGUUCGCCCUAUCUAUGAUCCGACCGAGUACCCGGUUAGCGUCAACAUCGAAGUUGGAGACGACGCGGCAGCAGUUGAUCUUGAUUACUGGACUGACCACUUGACCGCGGUACAAGCAAGGAACGUCGCUAGCACGUUUGUCCGGGCUCUGGAGAACAUCGUCUUCAAUGCCAAGCGUCGCAUCUCAACCUUGGAUUAUGUCAGCCCGCGCCAUCUUCAGCAGAUACAUGACUGGAAUGUCAUGCCAGCAAAGAUCAAUGAGUGCGUACACGAUCGAUUCACUCGGUGGGCUAUCAGUCAGCCUGAGGCACCGGCAAUCUGCGCGCAUGACGGCGAGUACACUUAUGCUGAGCUGGAUGCGGUUACCGAUCGGUUGGCACAUCAUCUUGUCCAGUUGGGAGUUGGGCCUGAUAUCUUCGUCCCUACUUGCUUCGACAAGAGUAUGUUUGCAGUUGUUGCUAUGCUCUCGGUUCUGAAAGCAGGUGGUGCCGCUGUUCCACUCGACGCAACACACCCCAAGCCUGCGCUUCAGACUCGCCUUGAAGACGCGAACGCGCACAUUGUCCUAACCACUGCGGCACGCGCAGAAAAACUGGAUGGUCUAGUUUCCAGCGUGCUCACCAUAGACGCUGCAUUUCUGGAUAAUUUGCCCGUGACGAAAGGCCCCGCCUGCACUAGCGUACAGCCCAACAACGCGGUUUUCGUGAUCUUCACGAGUGGAAGUACUGGUCGGCCUAAGGGAGUUGUGCUCGAUCAUUUGGCAAUUGUCACGAGUGCAGAGGCCCAUGGCACGAAGAUUGGUCUCAACCGGGAUACGCGCAUGCUUCAAUUCGCUUCAUAUACGUUUGACAACUCGCUGGAGGAGAUGUUCACCACGCUUCAGAGAGGAGGCUGCCAUAUGCCUGUUGUCGGGCAGUAUGGACCCAGCGAAGCAUCCAUCAACUCGGCCUUCAAGGACUUUAGCGAUGGUCGUGGUGAAGCAACCAACAUCGGUAAAGCUACUGGCUGCGUCUCCUGGGUUGUUGACGCCGAGAAUCGGGAUCGGUUGGUGCCAAUUGGCUGCAAAGGGGAACUGUUGCUUGAGGGACCGAUUCUCAGCCGUGGCUAUCUAAAUGAUGCCGAGAAGACGCAAGCAGCUUUCAUUUUUGACCCUGAGUGGGCGCGCACCGCUGGACCGACUGGCCGGAGGUUCUAUUGCACGGGCGAUCUCGUUCAGUACACGUCUGACGGCGACAUGAUGUACUUGGGGAGGAAAGAUUCCCAGGUUAAACUGCACGGACAGCGCAUUGAGUUGGGCGAGAUUGAGCAUCACCUCAAACUGAACCUACCGUCUGGUGCCAAAUCUGCCGUGGAGCUCGUCAAGUUUAACGACAGCAUGGGAACCAAGGCGCUGGUAGCUUUCAUGUGCCUGUCUGAGAGUGAAGGACCGGCUGCCAUUACUGAGAUGACUGAGGCGGUGCGGGCAGUAGCAAAGCAAGUCGAGAUGGCGCUUGCCAGUGCCCUGCCUGUCUACUACGUGCCUUCCAUGUUCAUGCCUGUCACGAGCAUGCCCAUGACGACAUCGGGUAAGCUCGACAGGAAGGUGCUACGUGCGCUUGCUGCAGCAGUUCCCGAGUCGCAGCUCACGCCUUUCCGCCUUGCAGGCAAGAGCGGCCGCGCGCCUACCGGCCAAGCCGAAGUUGCCUUGGCUCGUCUGUGGGCAGAUGUACUGAAGCUGGAUGCCGAUGCUGUGGGUGCUGAAGACUCUUUCUUCCGUCUGGGCGGCGACUCCAUCAGCGCCAUGAAGCUGGUCACAGCAGCAAGGAAGCAUGGGGUUGUCCUGAACGUUGCAAAUGUCUUUACGUAUCCAAAACUUCUCGAUAUGGCCGCAACUGCCUCGAUUCUGUCUUCCGACCACGUCAGCUCACCAGAGCCAGAUAUGGUCCCCUUUGAGCUGCUUCCAAACUCGUCCUGUCAAGUCAUCAGGGCAUUGGCGGCAUCAGAAUGCGGUGUAUUUCCGGAUGUUAUCGAAGACAUCUACCCAUGCAGCAAACUCCAGGAAGGGCUUAUCAUGCUCACCAACAAAGACCCGGGCACCUACGUCGUCCAGCCCAUCUACCGCUUGCCGGCUGAUAUUGAUCUACCACGCUUCAAGAAAGCUUGGAAAGCUGUUGCCGCAGCUGAAGCCGCUCUGCGAACCCGAAUUAUCUAUUCUGAGGAGCAUGGCUUCUUGCAGGUCGUGCUACGCGAAGAGCUCCAGUGGUUAUCACUUCCGGCAGUCGAAGAUAUCAAUGAAGCCACCCGCCAACUUCCUGCCAAGAACGGUGCUCCCUUGACUACCUUCACUCUCGUAGGAGAAGACACGACCACGCCCUUCUUCGUCUGGACUGCCCAUCAUGCUGUAUAUGACGGAUGGAGUUGGACGGCCUUGUUUCGAAAGGUCGAAGCCCAUUAUCGCAAUGACGCUGGGGAGAUUCCGGCCACUGUUCCUUAUUCUCGCUUCAUCAAAUACCUCUCGAACCUCGAUCAGAAGCAGUCCGAUGAAUUCUGGCUUGGGCAGCUCGACAACAUCACAGCUGCGCAAUUCCCUCAGCUGCCGUCCCCGGAUCAUCGCGUCGAAGCGAACGGUCAACUGCUACAUCGCGUGGAGCUCACACGUAACUCUAGCCUAGAGGUUACAGUCCCAUCGAUGAUUCGUGCCGCAUGGGGUUUUCUCCUUGCAACCUACUCAGGCUCGGACGACGUGUUGUGGGGAGAAACGAACAGUGGGCGAGAAGCCUCAAUCCCUGGAAUCGAGUCUAUCAUCGGCCCCACGAUCACGACUGCCCCCGUCCGUCUUCGGCUCAAUCGUAGUCUCAUGGUUCACGACUAUCUCAAAGAGACGCAGCGCCAGUCUUCCACCUCAUUACCCUAUCAAUUUGCGGGUUUGCAGCACAUCCAAAAACUCAGUUCUGAGACGGCAGUAGCUUGUGACUUUCAGAGUUUCCUGGGUAUUGAGGCCGGGGAUGACUUUGACGCUGAGAGCCCGCUAUGGAACAUGGAGGGUGCCAAUACCAUUGGUACUGACUUCUUUAGCUAUGCCUUCGUCUUCAACUGCAAGGUGGACCCGAGUGGAGUUCAUGUGGAAGCUCUAUUCGAUGAUCGUGUUGUUGAGAGAUGGCUUGCUCAGCGCAUCGUCCAACAGUUCGAUUUCAUCAUGAGUCAAUUCAACGCCGCGGAGAGCAUCUCCAAGACAUUGAAUGAAAUCAAUCUACUCAACGCUGCGGACAGAAGCUUGAUUAGUUCCUGGAAUAGCAAGCCAGUGGACAUCAUCAACCGUUGCAUUCAUCGCGUCAUCGCUGAAGACCAGACCGCUGUCAGGCCUGAAGCACCUGCCAUCGACGCAUGGGAUACUGGUGUCAUGACAUAUCACGAGCUUGACGAGCGGGCCACUACCCUUGCCCAACAGUUGUUGCUGCUUGGAGUGAAGCCCAGACAGUUCAUUCCACUUUGCUUCGACAAGUCAGGUUGGACAAUUGUAGCUAUAUUGGCUGUACUCAAAGUUGGAGCUGCUUUCGUCCCUUUGGACUUUGAGACUCCUGUCCUCCGCCUGCGUGAGAUAGUUACCGACGUUCAUGCAGACUUGUUGUUGUGCGCUCCGCAAUAUGAAGCGUUAUGCCAGUCGAUACCUUGUGGCACUCUGGUUGUAGAUCGAUCCACCAGUGAGAAGAGUCGAGCUCCGUCACAGCGCCUUCCCCAAGUACCGAGCAACUCACCAGCGUACGCAUUCUACACUUCCGGGUCAACCGGAAAACCGAAAGGUGCCGUCAUAAACCACCAUCAUUGGGUCACGAGUUCUUCCGCAUUCUCUCCGGGCUGGAAGAUCUCCAAAUCGUCUAGGGUGCUACAGUUUGCCUCGUACACUUUCGAUGCUUGCUUGAUCGAGAUCUUCAGCACUCUCAUGUGUGGCGGCACUAUUUGCGUUCCAGAUCAGGCUUCGCGAACGAAUGAUCUCGUCGGCGUCAUCAACAAGUUCAAUGUCAACUGGGCUGCAUUGACACCAUCAGUCGUGCGAAUGAUGGUGCCCUCCCAAGUGCCGCGACUCGAGACGCUUUUCCUCGUCGGUGAGGCAAUGUCGCAGCAAGACCUCUCAACCUGGGCCGACAAAGUCACCCUCGGAAACGGCUAUGGGCCAACUGAGUGCGCCUGUGUUGCGACUACCAACAUCAUGACAACUCAUAUGAAGCCUAACAACCUCGGGCGAGCUGUUACCGCUCGAGGUUGGAUUGUUUCCAAGAACAAUCAUCAUGCACUGUCGCCAGUUGGUGCAGUCGGUGAACUUCUGCUCGAAGGCGGUGCAGUUGGCAUGGGGUAUCUUAACAAUCCUGCGAAGACAGCUGAUGCAUUUAUUGGGCAUGUCAGCUGGCGUACAGGACUACUGGGUGAUAACGGUUCUGCAUCUUGCCGGAUCUACAAGACUGGAGACUUGGUGAAGUACAACGAGGAUGGCACUAUGCUAUAUCUUGGCCGUAAAGACUCGCAGACCAAGGUCCGCGGCCAACGACUGGAGCUGUCUGAGGUUGAGCACAAACUCAUGGACGACCACAUGGUACAAAGCGCCCUUGCCUCAGUGCCCACGACUGGUCUUUGCGCCAAGAGACUGGUCGCGAUCAUCUCGCUUCAAAACAUGCCAGUUACUACAGCACAUUCAGGGGAGCAGAUGCAGCUUUUGUCUCAUGAAAACGCGUCGUUAAAUAUUGCAAGCAUUCGAGACAGCCUUUGUGAGAGGCUACCAUCAUACAUGAUCCCAUCGCUAUGGGUCGUAAUCGAGCGAUUUCCGCUGAUGCCGUCUGGAAAGAUGGACCGGAGGCGCAUUACACAGUGGCUGGACCAGAUGGACCCAGCGACUUACCGUGUCAUCUCAACCAUGGGGCUUCAAAACUCGCAGGCUGGUAACGCAAGUGGUACCGAGCAGAAGAUACAGGCGAUCUUUGCCAAAGUCCUCAACUUACCUGCCGAUGAGAUCCGUCUCAAUCAGUCCUUCCUGCACCUAGGAGGCGACUCCAUUGCCGCUAUGCAGGUGUCUUCGCAGUGUCGAGCGCAGGGCCUUCCUGUAAGUGUACAGGACAUCAUCCGAUCCAAGUCCAUCACUGCUCUGGCAUCAACCAUCGAUCUAUCUGAAGGCAUACGCGCUGCACCUGAGGCUAUCGAGUACCACCUGCCUUUCGAUUUAUCUCCCAUUCAGAAGUUGUUCUUCCAGACAGUAGGAGACUCACACAGUCACUUCAACCAGACCGAGGUUUUCCGUCUAACACGCAAUUUCGACGUCGACGAGAUUCGAAACGCAUUGGCAGCUCUGGUUCAAACACAUCCUAUGCUUCGCGGACGCUUCUUCAAGAACGAGACAGGCACAUGGAAACAAUGUAUCGAGAGAGAUACUGUGAACUCGUUUAGAUUGCGCCACCAUCGCAUUCCAUCAGCUCAAGGUCCUGAUUUACAAAGCAUUGUUGAUGAGAGCCAAGCUUCAUUGGACGUAAGCAAUGGCCCAACAUUCGCCAUCGAUGUCUUCGAUAUCGAUGAUACAUUUUCCCAAGCUAUGGCGAUUGUGGCACACCAUCUCAUCAUCGACGUCGUCUCUUGGGGUGUUCUUCUUGAAGAUCUCCAGGGUCUACUCAGUGGUGUUCAGCCGCCGCCCCAAAGCACACCUUAUUACACAUGGUUGCAGCAGCAGUCUAUCCAGUCUAAGCAAGAGAGUGCUAGAAGGGUUAUGCCUUUGGAAGAGCUUAUGCCAGCGAGGUUCGACUACUGGGGAAUGGAAGGAAGACCAAACCUCAGUGAAGACCUGACUGAGGAGGACAUCCAACUUACCACGAGAGACACGAUGCUGCUUCUUGGAGCACAAGAUGCUUUGGCCACGGAGAUACUGGACAUUCUGGUCGCUGCUCUCCUCGAAUCCUUCCGCACAGUCUUCUCCGACAGGUCAACUAUCACGAUACACAAUGAGGGUCACGGUCGGGAAACUUUCAGCGCGCGCCAAGACCUGUCGCGUACGGUUGGCUGGUUCUCCACGAUUACACCCAUACCCCUCCCAGUGCCUGCGAGUGAAUCGACGGACAUUGUGAGUACCAUCGAGUGGGUUCGAGACUUGAGGAAUCGGACACCCGGCAAAGGCCGCCCGUAUUUUGCAUACCGGAACCUCACUGAAGAAGGCAAUACUCGUUUUGCCAGCCAUUGGCCAGCAGAAGCAAUCUUCAACUACGUCGGUAGGGUUCAACAUCAAGAUCGCACGGACGGCCUAUUCACCGCUCUACCUGAUGUUGAUUCUCGCGAGGUUGGGGUCGACGUUCCCCGCCUUGCACUCUUCGAUAUCACUGCAGCGAUAUCGCAAGGAGCCAUCAAACUAUCUUUUGGAUGGAAUCGCAACAUGAGACGCCAGUCGGACAUUCGCGCAUGGGUUAAGCAGUGUCGCCAAACACUCAUUGACGCCGUCGAUGAGCUAUUACAGGUGCGGCAAGAGCAAAGCCUCAACAGCUUCAAACAUCUGCCCCUACUCUACAACGGAUUUUCCAGGCUCACAGAGGCUCUCCCCACUGGCCUAUUUAUUGCGGACAUCGAGGAUGUUUAUCCAGCAUCGCCUAUGCAACAAGGCCUGCUCAUCACGCAGUCGCGCAAUCCUGAACUGUACACCUACCACGUCAUUUCGAAGGUGCAGUCGACAGAUGGAAAACCGGUGGACCCUCGCCGUCUUGCUGAAGCUUGGCAGGUUGUGGUACAUCGCCAUCAAGCUUUGCGCACCAUCUUUAUCGACAGCCUUGCGAAGAACGGCUCAAAGGAUCAGCUUGUGGUGAAAGAAAAGGCCGGGAGAGUCCAAUUGCUUGCUGACUGCGACGACGGCACUGUGUCGAAUAUGCUGCGUGACCAGUCCCCGAUCGAUUGCCGCGAAGCAGUCCCGCCCCAUCGCCUGACCAUCUGCAAGACUAAAGCAAGCCAAGUAUGGAUCAAGCUUGAGUUGAGCCAUGCUAUCAACGACGGUACUUCAGUCUCCAACCUACUCACUGAUAUCGCUCGCGCAUACUCCAGAAAGCUCACACGAGCUGAUGCGGGACCUCUCUACUCGAACUACAUCGAGUAUAUCCUCUCUAGAUCCAGAGACGCCGAUCUCGCCUACUGGAAGAUGUAUCUUGCGGGCAUCGAGCCAUGCUUUUUUCCAUCUCUCAAUGAUGGGAAGUCGAGCCUUCGCGAACCUGGCUCAGUCGAUAUUGAGUUGGGCAGCACGGACGACGUCCAAUCGUUCUGCAAGCAGAACGGGGUCACUCUCUCAAAUGUGCUCCAGCUUACAUGGGCUCUCACUCUUCACUUUUACGUUGGUACCUUCGACGUUUCCUUCGGCUUGGUGGCGUCUGGUCGCGACAUCCCCGUGAGCAACAUCGAUGAAGCCGUAGGUUGUUUUGUCAAUAUGCUUGUUUCCCGCCUUACGUUCUCGGACGAUACGACAAUUGCCCAGCUCCUGGAGGCUCUUCAAACCAGCUCGACAGAUGCCAUGUCACAUCAGACCUGCUCUCUUGCUGAUGUGCAACACGAGCUGCAGCUUCCCGCGUUAUUCAACACAGCGUUCACUUUCCAGAGGCGCAGUCUUUCGAGCGACCCAGAUGAGAUGGCACUUCUUUACAAUAACAUGGAAGCCGAUGAUGCCGGUGAAUACGCUGUAACAGUCAAUGCCGAUGUCACUGAAGACAGCAUAUCGGUCGACUUUGGCUACUCCAAGGAUAAGAUUCUCCCAGCACAAGCACGCAACAUGGCUGAUACAUUCAAAAUGAUACUGAAAGGCAUUGUCGCAAGCAGUCCCAGUGAAAUGACAGUCGGAAAGUUGGACACGUUCACAGCGGGCAGCCUUGGACAAAUCAUGGACUGGAACACGCAGCUCCCGCCACCCAUUCGCCGUUGCGUGCACGAAGUUGUUCACGAACAAGCGCUCACAAGACCACGAACAACAAAGGCAGUGGAAGGCUGGGACGGAUCGUUUACCUACCAAGAGUUCGACAAGAUAACCGACCAACUAGCAGUCCACCUACAGGCCCUUGGUGUUACCACCGAGACCUUCGUUCCGAUCUUAUUCGAGAAAUCGUCUUGGGCCAUCGUCAGCAUGAUUGCGAUUAUGAAGGCGGGUGGCGCAUACGUGCCGCUUGACCCCAAGCAUCCGCAAACUCGACUUCAGGAACUCAUCGCAGAUAUUGGUGCUGCUGUGGUAAUAUGCUCACGUCAAUACCACGCGAAAGCGAGCGAGGUCGCAAAAACAGCAUUGAUAGUCGACCAAAGGUCUUUCAAGAAGCUGGCCAUGCCAUCCACGAGCAAGCCACAGUCUACGGCGACCCCAGACAAUGCGGCAUAUUGCUUGUUCACUUCAGGUACUACCGGAAAGCCGAAAGGAACCAUCAUCCCACACCAGGCGUUCUGCACGAGUGCUGCAGCAUUUACGCGUCGCAUGAACAUCAAUGCGACUUCGCGCACUUUUCAGUUUGCUUCAUACACCUUCGACGCAAGCUGCAUCGAAAUUCUGUCUGCCCUAACUGUGGGUGCCACUGUGUGCGUCCCAACAGAAGAAGACAGAAUGAACAACGCUGCUGGUGCGAUUCGCAAACUCAGAGUGAACUGGUCACUUUUAACGCCUUCUGUACUUGGAACGAUUGAGCCAGAGCGUGUCCCUGGCUUGAAGACCCUGGUAUCUGGAGGUGAAGCGCUUCCGGGUCCUAUUUUGAAGAAAUGGGGUAACAGCACUUGCUUCAUCAACGCAUACGGUCCUACAGAGUGUUCAGUAGUAGCUGCCACUGCCUACAAGUCCACACUCGAUCACAAGCUCAUCGAGUCCGAGCCAGGCACCAUCGGUACAGGAAGCGGAUGCAGACUAUGGAUAGUACACCCGCGAAACCACGACAAGCUCAUGCCUGUAGGCAGUGUCGGCGAGCUCGUUAUCGAAGGGCCGACUGUUGCCCGUGGAUAUCUCAACGAUGAGGCCAAGACCGCGAAGGCUUUCAUCACCAACCCUGCCUGGACUGCGACCCUUUCUUGCGACAGUGGCAUCUUUCCAACGGCCCGGAUGUACAAGACUGGUGAUCUGGUUCGAUACAACACAGAUGGAUCAGUCAGCUAUAUUGGUCGGAAGGACACUCAGAUCAAGCUCAAUGGCCAGAGAAUCGAGUUGGGUGAGAUCGAGUUCCAUGUCGGGAAGAACUUUGCAGACAGCGUCCAAUCUGCGGUGGAACUAGUCGCUCCUUCCAAUCGCAGCUCUGCGAAAGCGCUAGCUGUAUUCUUCGCCGUUAGUCAGGAUCUUUCAGCUUCCAAUGGAGAGCUUGUGCAGCCCCUUUCGACCGACCUACCGGCUGCCGACGAAUUGCUUCUUCCAAUGAGAGACGAAUUGCGCGACAUGUGCAAAAAUACUGAGAACGGUCUCGCUGGCUCUCUCCCUUCAUACAUGAUUCCCUCCAUCUUCAUACCUGUCACAAAGAUGCCCUGGACGUCGGCCGGCAAGCUAGACCGAAACCGCCUACGAACCUUGGUACAAAACCUGAGUCGCGAGACGAUGGCGAUGUACCGACUCACCAGCAUGGCAAACAAGAGGCAGCCAACGACUGAAGCGGAAAAAAAGAUUCACAAGGCUGUUUGCUUGGUCCUAAAUCUCCCAUCCUCCUCCGUAGGUAUUGACGACAGCUUUGUGCGCCUUGGCGGUGACUCCAUAUCAUCCAUGCGCCUUAUCGAAAAGGCCCGCGCAGAGCACCUAGAGUUGUCUUUCAUCGAUGUCUUCAAAAAUCCCAAGCUCGCUGAUCUAGCCAAGAUUGGCGAACGUGCCGGUAAACUGAGUCAGCCCGAAAAGCUCAUGCAGCCUUUCGAACUGAUCCGCAAUCCUUUUGUACUCAAGGACGUCCUUGGUGAGGUUGCUCAGCAAUGUCAAGUUUCAACGAAGAACAUUCAGGACCUAUACCCCACCAGCUCACUUCAGGAUGCACUGCUUACCCUCUCCAUAAAGCAACCCGGCGCGUAUGUUGCACAGCAUGUCUUGGCGCUUCCACGCUCUGUUGACAUGGCCAAGUUCAAGGCCGCCUGGGCAAGAGCGAUUCAAGAGAUCGACAUUUUGCGGACUCGUAUCAUUCAGCUACCGUCCGGAGAGUUUGUGCAAGCCGUCCUUGCAGAAGACCGUUUGAACUGGAUGGAGGCAACAUCGCUCAAAGAUACGGAGAAGGAAGCUCUCAAGAUACCCUCACAGCUUGGUGGUCGCCUUGCAUCAUACGCGCUCGUCACUUCCGCGUCCAAAGAGCGAUACCUCGUGUGGACGAUACAUCAUGCGGUCUACGACGGCUGGAGUAUCCACCUAAUGCUUCAACGAGUGCAACAGAUCUACCUGGCUGGAACAUCAUCCAUACCGCAAACGCCUUACAGCAAGUUCAUCAACUACCUUACCAAUGCAGAUGCCGAAGCUUCAAGCCGAUACUGGAAGGAUGCUCUGAGUGGAAGCAAUGCGACUCAUUUCCCUCACUCAACCCAGGCCCAUUCGAACGCUGGUCUGGAUGGACAGACAAUUCAACACAUCAUCAAACUUUCCCCUCAUAAGCAUACCGAUGUAACGCCAUCCAAUGUCAUCAGAGCUGCCUGGGCUUUAGUACUGGCGGCAUACACAGGCUCUGUUGAUGUGGUCUUCGGGGAAACUCUUUCCGGGCGAGAUAUUGCUGUGGCUGGUAUCAUGGACGUAUGUGGCCCAACAUUGACGACAAUUCCUACGAGAGUGCAAGUGGAUAGUGGAGCGACUGUCAGCGACUUCUUGAAGAAGAUAUCCACGAGUGUCACGGACCGUAUACCUCACCAACACCACGGCAUAUCUGCCAUCAAAGCCAUUGGCGAGGACAUGGCAGCCGCCUGCAACUUCCAGAACCUGCUAGUAGUGCAGACAGAGAGCGAAGAUCUGACCGACUCUAUGUGGUCAGUCCACGACAAUGGCGAGCCAAGCAGCUUCUUCACCUAUCCUUUGGUCAUCGAAUGCAAAAUGCGACCAUCCGGCAUGGAAGUAUUAGCGCAUUUUGAUGCCAACGCCAUCUCCGCCUGGAAUGUUCAGCAAAUCGUCUCUCAGUUUGACUCGGCCUUGACUCAACUACAAACCGUCACGUACAUUCGUGAAGUGACUGUCUUCAGUGAGCACGACGCGCAACUCGUUCGGAACUGGAAUGGAUACGAACCAAUCGAGAUCGCGGACACUGUACCUUCGCUUUUCUACAAGAGAGUAGCGCUCCAGCCCAAUUCCGUGGCCAUCGCAGCCUUUGACGGUGAGCUCACAUAUGCUGAGCUGAGCAAACUAGCUUCCCAGCUGGCACAGGAAUUGAUAAAACUUGGGGCUGGUCCAGAGCAGCUCAUUCCCAUAUGCCUCGACAAGUCUCGUUGGGCCAUUGUCGCCAUCAUGGCUGUUCUCAUCGCAGGCGCUGGUUACGUACCAAUGUCGCCAGUAGAUCCUGCAUCGCGACAAUUGCAGGUCGUCGAGGCCUGCAAAGCGUCUAUUGUUCUUUGCUCUCCAUCGUACGCACAUCGCUUUGUGGAAAUGGUCAACCACGUCUUCACUGUCAGCGAGACCGCAGUUCGAAAAUUACCUCUCUGCUCAACCCCAAUCCAGCAGCGUGCCCGAAGCAACAACAUCUGCUAUGUCAUCUUCACUUCAGGCAGCACAGGAGUGCCGAAAGGUGUAGUCAUUGAACACAAGAGCAUCGCUUCUAGCUCAGCCGCGAUUUGUGAGGGACUUCAUAUCACGCCUACAUCUCGAGUUUUUCAGUUUUGCUCUUUUGCGUUUGAUGUCUCCGUUGGCGAGACUCUUGCUGUUCUCAUUCGCGGCGCGACAAUUUGUGUGCCCUCGGAUGAACAGCGCACUUCCGACCUCGCAUCAGCCAUAACUACGCUGAAGUCUAAUUGGGCAUUCUUGACACCGUCAGUGGCUAGUACACUCGAUGGCCCUAAAGCGGUGCCAACCUUGGAGACGCUGGUCGUAGGUGGCGAGGCAAUGACGCCUGACGUGAUUAACAAAUGGGCCUCGGGGGUGCGUCUCCAGAACGGCUAUGGUCCGACAGAGGGUACGGUAUUCGCGGUCGCAAAUGACCAGGUCUCUAUUCAGCGAAAUGCUUCCAAUAUCGGGAGAAUGCUUCGCAGCGGCCGAGCUUGGCUGACGAACCCGAACAAUCCCGACCAACUGGCACCAGUUGGCGCAACAGCCGAGUUGUGUCUAGAAGGACCACUCCUGGCACGUGGAUACCUUCACAACCCCGGACGCACCGCUGAGGUGUUCAUCGACAACCCCACAUUCAUGAAGGCAUUUUCCACCGCGAAUGAAUCUAGGAUCUAUGUUACUGGAGACCUUGUUCAAUAUGCUGCUGAUGGUUCUAUCCAAUACAUCGGUCGGAAAGACAACCAAAUCAAGCUCGCUGGUCAACGGAUAGAACUAGAUGAGGUCGAGCACUUCCUGAGAGUUGACGACAAUAUCCGCCAAGCGGUUGUGCGGCUGCCCAAGCGCGGCCCUUGCUGCAAGAAGCUCACAGCGGUCGUGAGCUUUCCCGGACGAUCUGCCAGCAAUGUCCAACAACAAUGGCCUACGAUGCUUGUAGACAAGGAAACACUCUCACGCAUCGAUAUUGCAAGAGAGAGGUUGAUGGAUCUUGUCCCCCCGUACAUGGUGCCUACCAUUUGGAUUGCAGUACCUGAGAUCCCGACUCUGACCUCGGCCAAGCUUGAUAAGAAGCAAGUUGGGCUGUGGUUAGACAACAUCGACGAGACCACAUUCCAGCGACUUCUCCAGUCAGAACUGGAGGAGGAAGCGGAGCAGCCUGCUGACAGUCCUGUUAUUAUCCUUCGCCAGAUAUGGGCAAAGGUACUGAACUGCUCUAUUGAGGAUGUCAAGCUGAACAAAUCAUGGUUAUCACUUGGUGGGGACUCUAUCAGUGCGAUGAAGCUGCUAGCAAAGUGCAGAAGUGAAGGUAUCAACCUGACUCUGAACCAUGUUUUGCGCGCAAAAUCCCUUGCUCAUCUAGCUGAGAGUGUCAAACCCUCGAUGUCUCUUGAUUCUGUCAAAGAACAGACUGAUCAGCCCUUCGACCUCUCGCCUAUUCAGCGCCUUUACUUCAGGACCGAAGGUGUUGAAGACAACACGCACUUCAAUCAGUCUUCCACAUUGCGGAUAUCUCAUUACAUGGAUCCGGCUAUCUUCAAGCGCGCCUUUGACUCCAUUGUUGAGACUCACUCUAUGCUUCGUGCUCGCUUUUGCAAGAGCACCACAGGGCAGUGGCAGCAGUUUGUCAAGCCAGGAACUUUCGAUUCCUACACAUUCGGAACACACACUCUGCCCACCACUUCUGCCGCCGUAUCCAUUGUGUCAGAUACGCAGAAGAGCCUCAACAUCCAGGAGGGACCAGUGUUUGCCGUCAAUCUGUUCGACAUACAGGGUGAGCAGAUUUUAUUCCUGGCUGCACACCACCUCGUCAUCGACGUAGUCAGCUGGGGUAUCUUGUUGGGCGAUCUGGAAGAACUACUUGGACCUGGGUCAAGGACGGUACUACAGAAAGGACUACCCUUCAGGAACUGGUGUGAGAUACAAAAUGCCAAUGCACUCGAGGCUUCUCAACAAGAACAUGUUCGAAAGCAGCCCCUCGUGGUCCAGCCCACAAACCUGGCUUACUGGGUCAUUGUUCCUAUUGGCGAGGAAGAGGACAACGUCAUACACACUCUGCGCCAAGUCAAAGAUACGCGCAGAAAGAUCGACAGUAACGGGCGUCCAUACUUUGCACAUCGCUUCCUGACUGAAGAUGGAAAACAACGCUUUUCGGACCAUGAGCCCAUGGAAGUCUUGUUCAACUAUCUUGGCCGUCAGAGUCAAUCUGGCCAAGUUGAUGCUCCAAUCCAGCCCAUGCAGCUGGAUGGCGAUGAAGAUGAUCAGACUUCUGACGUGGGCCUCAAGACAGCUCGCAUGGCACUUUUUGAGAUUUCCGCAUCUGUUUCAGAAGGUAGCAUUCAGCUCAGCUUCAUGUACAAUCGUUACUCGAAGAAUCAAAAAGGUAUCCGCAGGUGGAUAGCCGAAUGCGAACGCACCCUAGAGGAAAUUGCUACCGAGCUUGCUGGGAUGGAUACAGUGCAACCUACCAUGGCCGACCUUCCUUUGCUACCCUUGGAAUCGUACAGUCGCCUCGAUCGCGUUGUGAAGACAUUGCCAGCAGUCGGUAUCAUGUCAUUCGAUCAGGUAGAGGACAUGUACUCUUGCUCCCCAAUUCAAGACGGCAUGAUACUCAGUCAAAUCAAGUCUCCUGAGUCGUACUGGUCUUCCACCACUUUCGAGGUCAGAUCCAAGCGGGCUUCGGUCGAUGUUGGGAAGAUAGUGGAGGGAUGGGAACAAGUUGUUGCUCGGCACCCUGCGUUGCGGACUGUCUUCAUAGACAGUGUCUGCAAGGGAGGCGUUUUCGAUCAGGUCGUCGUCAAGAAUCCUGACUCUGGUAUCGUUAGUCGGACUUGCGAUGACUCCGAGCUACCUGCCCUUCUGGAAUCCAUCAAAUACAGCUCUCUCAAUGGUAAGAAGAGACCAAAUCUUCCGCACCAAGCCGCCGUUAUUCAGACAACUUCCGGGAAGGUCGUUGUCAAGGUCAUCGUCAACCACGCCGUAAUCGAUGGAGGGUCAUUGGGAAUCAUCGGAAAUGAUCUCCGAGAAGCAUACGAGGGGCGUCUAUCCGACCAAGGACCUUUGUAUAGCAAUUACAUCAAAUACUUGCGCGGGAUCUCCUCUGAAGGAGCGAUUACGUACUGGAAGACGAAACUCCAGGGAGUUAGUCAAUGCUACUUUCCGACAACACCUCGCGAUCCAGCCAAGCAGCGGCAGCUACGAUCUCUGGACAUGCGAUUCACUCGCUUUGCGGAGCUACACACAUUUGCGGAGAACAACAACGUUACGUUUGCCAACAUCCUGUUGACAGCGUGGACACUGGUGCUGAGAUCAUAUACAAAAUCUUCAGAUGUAUGCUACGGCUAUCUCACCUCGGGAAGGAACGUACCGAUUGAUGACAUUGAAAAUGCGGUCGGAGCAUUCAUCAACAUGCUAGUAUCCCGUGUCGAACUGGCUCCUUCCUCUUCUCUUCUCGAGCUCAUUCAGAAUGUGCAAUCUGACUUCAUCGACUCCAUGCCUCAUCAGCAUUGCUCGCUUGCACAAUUCCAGCAUGACCUUGGGCUAUCUGGAAAGUCGCUCUUCAACACGGCCGUUUCUAUUCAGAAGCGCUCCAGUACCGAGGAACCAGCACUGGACAGUUCUGGAAUCGAGUUCGAGCAAUUGGAUGGUCACGAUCCAAGCGAAUUUGCCAUCACGGUGAACAUAGAUGCCACACGAGACGAUGAAGGCAUACGUUUCACUUACUGGAGCGAUGCUAUCAAUGAUGGUGAAGCGAGGAACGUUUCCACUCUCAUGGCGAAGGUCUUAGCAGCGGCUCUGAACAACGCCGCGCAGACUGUCACAGAUCUCGAUAGUAUCCUCACGCACAGACCCAAGAUAACUUCUGCUGCGACUCUUGCGCUGCCAAAGCCUCGCCCCUCGAUCCUCAGGUCUGGUUCAACCACUAUUGGCGUUCUCGCGACCGAGACUUCCAGCAAGGUGACCCCCGAUUUUGUGGAGAAGAAACUACUCAAUCUGUGGAGCGAGCUGCUUGAGAUGGUGGAGGAAACGAUUGAACAAGACGACAGCUUCUUCCAACUCGGAGGCGAUAGCAUCAUCGCCAUGCGCUUAGUUGGUGCUGCGAGGGAGGAGGGGCUGUCUAUGACAGUGGCCGAUGUGUUCAAGAACCCCACAUUUGCCGAUAUGGCCCGGGUUGUACGCGUUGCGGGCGAAGUCAUCGAUGAAGUCAUGUCCAGAGCUGGCGGAGAUUCAGUGGCUGGCAUAAGUACUACCGGAGGACCUUCCAAGGCUCGACUCCGCGAACGGGCACCAUCAAUCUGGAGCGACAUCCACUCUAUCGUAUCGGAGUACAAUGCCGAGAAAGGCAUGGCUGUCAGUGAAACGCCUAUCGAGCCCGAAGACAGCAAGAACGACGCGAAGUUCAAGCGAUGGCAAGGCUUGACGACUAGCCAACCGAAACCAUCAGAUGCAAGGAACGUCAACCGGAGGUCGGCACCGCACACGAUUCCGGAGGCAGUGGAGAUUUCUGGACACCGAUCUGUCUCAUUGCUAGGAGAUCCGAACGUUGACAGUGUCAUCUCCAAAGUGCAAGUCUUCAAGGGUGGUAUUUCCGAUAUCUUCCCGGUGACCGAUUUCCAGGCGCUUGCCAUCACCGGUACGCUCAUGGAAUCCAAGUGGAUGCUCAACUAUUUCUACCUGGACGGCGAAGGGCCCCUGGAUCUUCGCAAGUUGAAGCAGGCUGCUUAUCGUAUGGUACAAGCAUUCGAUAUUCUCCGCACUGUGUUCGUGCCGUACGGUGACCGCUUCCUGCAAGUUGUACUACGAAAACUUCAACCAGAGUUCAUCUGUCACCAAACGGACGAUGAUCUCGAAACCUUCACGACGGAGCUACGACAAAAAGACCGUGAAAACGGUCCCCGUCUUGGCGAAGCCUUUAUUCAGUUCGUUGUCGCAAACCAGAAACAAACUGGACGCCAUCGCAUCUUCAUGCGACUUUCGCACGCGCAGUAUGACGGAGUCUGCAUGUCCAAGAUCCUCGGCGCUCUUCAAGAUGGAUACAACGGCCUUCCCGUCUCGUCUGCACCAAGCUUUGGUAACUUCGUUCGCGAAACUGCCAAAACCAUUGCAGGUGCACACGAUCACUGGAGAGAGGUGCUUCGGGGCUCCAAGAUGACCGAAAUCGUUAACCGCUUUGGACCCAAUUACCAGCGCUCUGCCGGCCAUUCAAUAACGCUCGAGAAGAGGGUAUUUGCACCCAGAUUGAAGGGCGUCAACAUCACGAGUGCUACUAUCGCCAAAGCCGCCUGGGCAUCGACACUCGCUCGUAUAGCCAGUAAAGCAGAUAUUGUCUUCGGUCAUGUUAUCUCAGGUCGCAACGGCGGUGUUGCCAACGUUGAGAGUAUCGUUGGACCCUGCUUGAACAUGGUGCCUGUUCGCGUCGUAUACCGUCCUGAAUGGACUGUUCUCGACCUGCUCAAAUACAUUCAAGACCAGCAGACUGCCAAUAUGCCAUACGAGUCACUCGGCUUCCGCGAGAUUACCCGACACUGUACCGAAUGGCCUGACUGGACGAACUUCUCCAGCGUCUUGCAGCACGACCAGAACAUUCAAGACGACAACCCCACCAUGCAACUGGGUGGCAUCGAGUACAAAGUUGGCGCCAUUGGCUCGCAGGAAGACUUUGCGGAUUUCUCCAUACACACCACAUCCCAUGGUGGCAGCCACAUGGAAGUCACCCUUACAUACGCUCCCAACAGCACCAUUACUGCGGAGUUUGCACAGCAUGUAUUUGACAUGCUCUGUGUCAAUGUCGUGGCGUUCUCGGAAGAUCCUCAUACUCUCCUACCAUCUCCGUCCGAAAUCAGCUCCCAGAGCUCGACCACUAUCAGCUCGGAGAAGAUACGCAAGAAGUCUACAGAGAAGAUGCCUGUCGCCCUGCCCAUUGACACGGGUCUCUCAAGCAACGACAUCAAUAGUCUCGCUCUUACACUACGCUCGGCAUGGGAGCAAAUCCUGUACGACGAUCAUGGUACCCCUACCCACAUAGAACUCAGCUCCGACUUCUUCCAGCUCGGAGGCGACAUUAUGGGCUUAGCUCAGGUCGCUUCCAUCCUCGACCAAGAUGGUUUGAAAGUUAGGGUCGAGGACUUGCUCGAUCAGUCCGUGUUCGCGGAUCAGGUCGGCAUCCUGGCUGUCGCGCGCAAGAAGCAGAUUGAGAAGGAAUUGCAGAACCCUUGGGGCGACAAGGGCAAGAUGAAGGCCGAGGAGAAAGCUAAUAACAAGAAGAGUGGCGCAUUUGGUAAUCUAGCAAAGAAGAUUGGAUUCAAGAAGCGAGAGAGUCUGAGAUCAUAA